UACUGUCGGUGAAGUGGAGUGUCCUGAGGUCCUGUGAGGGCUUUUCACCGGAGAUGUUUUGCAAACACGGUCAAUGGACCGUCUCUGUUUGCCAGUCAACGUUUUAUUAACAGGCUACUUUGUUACAGCUGAGCUUUUUAUGGGUUUACAUUUGAUGUUUCUGUCCAGGAAAGAGCUUAUUUUACAUGUCAGUCUUUAGAAUGAACCACACGAGAAACAGCCAGUUCGUUUGGUUUUAGUCACUUACAAUUAUGCUCCCAUCAAUUUAUAAUGGGAUAAGGAGAGCUGCUUUCCACACACUAAGGACAAGGGGAUCUCAGCCUUGCAGAUUCCAGUCCACCUUCGAUGGACUCCCAGCUGGCCUGGCUGAUGCCGAAACCAUCUUUGCCUUGUCUUCAGGCCAUGGCAGGUGUGGGGUGGCUGUGGUGCGAGUCAGCGGUCCAGCUUCAGCUACAGCUCUGAGGUGUAUGGCUGGGCUAACUCGCAGCCCGCCUCCUCCACGCACCGCCCUGUUACGCAGCAUCACAGACCCUCAGUCCAAGGAAGUGCUGGACCGCGGACUUGUCCUCUGGUUUCCAGCUCCUCACAGUUUCACAGGAGAGGACAGUGUGGAGUUCCACAUCCACGGCGGUCCAGCUGUCAUUACUGCUGUGUUACAGGCUCUAGGAAGCGUGCCUGGCAUGAGGCCUGCUGAAGCCGGAGAGUUCACGCGGAGAGCCUUUGUUGCGGGGAAGCUGGGUUUAACAGAGGUGGAGGGUCUUGGGGAUCUGAUCCACGCUGAGACGGAGGCUCAGAGGAGACAGGCACUCAGGCAGAUGUCAGGAGAGCUGGGACAUCUCUAUCAGGACUGGAGCCACAGACUCAAACGGUGUCUGGCUCAUGUUGAGGCUUUCAUAGACUUCAGUGAGGACGAGCUUAUUGAGGACGGGGUCUUAAAGCAAGUGGACGGAUCUGUUCGUGAUCUGCAGGCAGAGAUAGAGAAACACCUGAAGGAUGAGAGGAGGGGCGAGCGGCUACGCGGCGGAGUCCAGGUGGUGAUCGCUGGAGCCACCAAUGCAGGGAAAAGUAGCCUCCUUAACACUCUAUGCCAAAGACCUGCAGCCAUUGUGUCUCCCAUUGCUGGCACCACCAGGGACGUAGUAGAGACAGCGCUGGACAUCGGUGGAUUCCCCGUCCUCCUGAGUGACACAGCCGGCCUUAGAGAGAGCCCAGACCUGGUGGAGAGGGAGGGGGUCCGCAGAGCUCGGGAAAGAGUGGAGCAUGCAGAUCUGACUCUGGUGGUUGUGGACUGCUCUAAUCUUCCAGCUGAAACAACACAAGCUGCAGCCUUCCUUCAGGAUCACCUCAGGACUCUCCUGCCCACCCAGGAGCAGCCGGUUUUUCCCACAGACAGGUUUCUCCUGGUGCUGAAUAAAACGGACCUGCUGCCUGAGGAGCAGAGGCAGAAGCUGGACAGAGAGCUGAGACGGGUCUCUGGACUGCCUCCUGUUUGUCUGAUCUCCUGCCACAGUAAUGACGGACUGCAGGACUUCAUCACAGCGCUGCACAGCAGGGUCAAAACUCUGUGUGGCGAUCCUCUGUCUGGUGCCCCUACCCUGACCCAGGCCCGUCACAGGGCCCACCUGCAGCAGUGUUAUGCAGCGCUGGCCCAGUACCAGCAACAUCGCAACAACGACCUCGCUCUCGCAGCCGAGGGGGUCCGGUUGGCUCUCACCAGCCUGGGCCGGAUCACUGGACGGGUCUGGGUGGAGGAGAUCCUGGAUAUCAUCUUCAAAGACUUCUGCAUUGGGAAAUAGUCAGUGUGUUGUCCAGUCCUCAGACAGCAGGAGCAAGAGUUCAUGUUCUUGGCUGCUGGUUCAGUCUGCUCCCGAGACACAAAAAUGUUUGUUUUCUGGUGAUGUUGUUUAACGGACUGGAAUAGUUUCAGGGUGAUGACAGGUGUCUCUGAGGCCUUGUGUGCUGGACAUUUAAUUUAAAAAUAUUUUUUAAAGCCUUUGAUAGGUGAAGAUUGAGCUCUUGGGAUGUAACAUAUGAGGCCAAGAUCAUUUAAAAGUAAGCCAGCCAAAGGCAUCUGCAAGGCCAUGGACUCAGUGUUUGGCUGUUUAAUUGUAAUGCAGACAAUGAAGGAGAAUCUUUUAGGGCGGGGGCUCCGUUUCAGCUGCACUGUGUGUUUGCACCAUGCACAUGUUGUAGAUUUAUCUCAGAUCGUUGCAUAUUUUUAAUACUUUGAUUGUAUAUGUUGUAUUAUGUUUUCAGUUGGUCUAAAUGUUAACAUUUGAUCAUGUUUAAGUCGCCAUAAGGAGUACUUAACUGUUAUUAAUUCAAAAAUGUCCAAAAGGAUAUUCGAUGCAAAGGAAAUGGUAUUACUAUGGAGUCAUGUUUGUAAGGCUUUAAAACAGGCACCUCAAGCUCUUUAGUAGAUUCAUUUUCAGUGUCACAUACCACAAUAUGCACUUCACUUUUUUUUGAAUCCUCAUCACCAAAAAAAAAAAGUUUUACCGUGCAAUGAUUUUUUACCUGUUCUAACAAAGAUUAAGAAGAGGCCAUUUCUAACUGCACAGUAGCUGCUCUCACAUUGAGUACAAGUACAUCUGUGUAGUCUGUGUUUAAGGCCUCUGUUAAUAAGAUUUGCGGUCGACCGUUAAGAAAAUGAUGUACAUGUAUGAUGUAAAGAAGCUCAGAGUGACCCAGCUCUCCUCUCUGCUCUGUGGGAAAGGAACAUUUUUGGAGGUAAAGCUCUCUGUGCCCUUUGUUCCCCUGUCAAUCUGGCCUUGAUCAAAUAUUUAUGUUUCCUCGCUGAACUCCUCAACCUUCUCCCCUGCUUGGCUAUGUCUCCUUCAGUCUCUGACGACAGUUACCCUGCUGUCCACCAGCUUAAACUGUUUGUCUGCCUUUUUUUUGUCUCCCUCCGCUCCCUCUCUGCUACCUGACCUUUCCUUUUUCCGCACCGCUCUGUCAGCCUUUUUGUCCUCUUUCAUGUUUGCUCUGAUUAAUUACAACUGAGGGGGAGUUUAGGCUAAAAACUGGUCCAGCUAUAAUUUAGAAGCAGUACAUUUUAGGGACUGCUUUGUCUUUGAAGUUGUGCCAGUGUGUUGUCUUCUUAUUUGUGAAAAACUACUGUGAAAAUGAAUUGGAUACUAACGGCAAAUACUUCUGAAGAAACUCACACGAUACUUUUUUCUCACCUAAAAGACAAUAAAUGUUUUUUUUAUGAUUCAUACA